UUCUUCACUAUUGGCUUCUCAAAAACAGACCCCAUUAACUUAAUAUCACCCUGAAAAAAAAAAAAAAAAAAAACCCCAUCAUCAAACAUACCAGCUACUUCUUCUUUUCCUGAAAAGGAGAGUUUUCGAGCUGGUUUCUUGGGUGAUGAAGUUGGUACAUUUAACUUGAAGGUGCACACUGCAUUGAUUCAUUCUUUGAAACUGAAGUGAACCAGCAUAAAAAUAGUGUAUCUUCCAUUGAUCAUCAGAAUGAAAAAAAAAGGUUCAACAUGGGAGGCUUGUGUACUAAUGAUCAUCCUUCUCUGCUUUACUCAACAACCAGUAGUCACAACUGGCUAUUUGGUCCGUGACAUCGAGUUACUGAAGGCUCUCCGAAAUUCUCUUGUCCAGAAAAAGGAUGUUAUUCCCAGUUGGUUUGACACAAAUGCUACUCCAUGCAAUUGGACCGGCAUAGAGUGUGAAGGUGGACGUGUUAUCCGGAUUGAUUUUCCAUGUUCAGUGUCACCACUAAAUUUACCAUUUCCUGGAAGCAUUGGAAAAUUCAGAUCCCUGAAGUACCUGAAUCUCAGCCAUUGUGCCCUCACUGGUAAUAUACCGAUAGAUGUUUGGAGUCUGGAGAAUUUGGAGACACUAGACUUGACUGACAACAGGUUAACUGGCCAGCUGUCUCCAGCUAUAUCUAACCUGAGAAACCUGAAACAUCUUGUGCUCGACGAUAACAGGUUUUCAGGCAAUUUACCAUCAAAAAUUUGUGAGCUAAAGGAGCUAAGGGAGUUAUCAGUUCAUGCAAACUCUUUUUCUGGCGAUCUUCCUGAUGAGAUCGGAAACAUGGACAAGUUGCAGUCUCUUGAUUUCAGCUCAAAUUUCUUCUCUGGUAGUCUACCUUCCAGUCUAGGUAAUUUGGGGGAGCUUCUAUAUAUCGAUGCCCAGCAAAACAACUUGACUGGAUUGAUAUGUCCAGAAAUUGGAAAGCUAAGUAAGCUUAGAAUUCUUACUCUCUCAUCCAACAUGUUGACUGGACCUAUUCCUGGAACAAUUGGCCGUUUGAAGCAGCUGGAGGCGCUUGAUCUUCAAAACUGCACAUUCACUGGAAGUAUUCCUGAAGAGAUUUCAGAAUUGAGUAAUUUGAAUUACUUGAAUGUAGCCCAGAAUGAAUUUGAUGGAGAGCUUCCUUCAACCAUUGGAAAGCUAGAAAAUCUGGUUUACCUAAUUGCUUCAAAUGCCGGAUUGUCUGGAACAAUCCCUUCAGAGCUAGGGAACUGUAAAAAGCUCAAGUUAAUAAAUUUGUCCUUUAACUCGUUUUCUGGUCCAUUACCUGAAGGUCUUUCUGGGUUGGAUUCACUUAAAUCCCUUGUGCUUGAUUCAAACCGCUUAUCAGGCCCCCUGCCUACGUGGAUUUCCAACUGGACGCAAGUAGAGUCAAUAAUGGUGUCAAAGAAUUUCUUAACUGGAUCUCUUCCCCCACUUUAUCUCCCUUUGCUAUCCGUUCUCGAUGUCAGUUCCAACAGGUUAUCUGGUGAGUUGUCUUCAGGGAUAUGUAGGGCCGAGUCAUUGAGCAUUCUGCUGUUGUGGGAUAACAACUUCACUGGUGACAUCCAAAGUACUUUCAGGAAUUGUUCAAGCCUCACAGAUUUGGUGUUGUCUGGAAACAACCUCUCAGGAAAACUGCCUGAUUAUCUAGGGGAGCUUCAGCUCAUUACUCUUGAGCUAUCGAAAAACCAAUUUUCCGGGAAGGUACCAGAUCAACUAUGGAAGUCGACAACAUUAAUGUCGAUCUCACUCGGCAACAAUGUGCUCGAAGGUCCAAUUCAACCGACCAUUGCAAAACUUUCAACCCUUCAGAGAUUGCAACUUGAUAAUAAUCUGUUUGAAGGAAGCAUACCGCAUACCAUUGGUAACUUGAAGAAUCUGACCAAUCUCUCUCUUCAUGGCAACAAGUUAACCGGAAAUAUUCCGUUGGAGCUUUUUGAAUGUACAAAGUUGGUAUCUCUUGACCUUGGUGCAAACAGACUUUCAGGUGAAAUUCCCAGAUCAAUAUCUAAGCUGAAAUUGCUAGACAAUUUGGUUCUGUCUAACAAUCAGUUUUCCGGUCCUAUACCUGAGGAAAUUUGUUCCGGAUUCCAGAAUAUUCCUUUACCGGACUCCGAAUUCACACAGCAUUAUGGCAUGCUUGAUUUGUCCAACAAUGAACUAACAGGGUCCAUCCCACACUCAAUUAAGGAUUGCAUAGUUGUGACUGAAUUACUUCUACAGGGAAAUAAGCUCACAGGGAUCAUUCCUCGCGAAAUUUCUCUGCUCGGUAAUUUAACAUUGCUUAAUCUAUCUUUCAAUUCCUUGACAGGUCCAGUUUUUCCUCAGUUGUUCUCAAUGACAAGCCUCCAAGGUCUCAUACUUUCUCAUAACCAGAUAAGUGGAUCUAUUCCUGAUAAUCUUGACUCUAUGAUGCCAAGUUUAGUCAAGCUAGACCUUUCAUAUAACCGGUUAACUGGCUCAUUGCCCCCUUCUGCAUUUAGUGUCAAAAGUUUGACUUACCUGGACAUCAGCAUGAAUUCUUUCUCAGGCUCAUUAUCUUUUAACUUUAGAACCUCCAGCUCUUUGUUGGUCCUAAAUGCUAGCAACAACCAACUCUCCGGUCCUCUUGAUGAUUCUCUCUCUAAUCUAACGUCCUUGUCCAUACUAGAUCUCCAUAACAAUUCAAUUACAGACAACUUACCACCUUCAUUUUCCGCUCUUGCUUCCCUGACAUAUCUUGACUUAUCCAGCAACAGUUUCCAAAAGUCUUUUCCUUGUAGCAUUUGUGACAUAGAAGGCCUUGUUUUUUCCAAUUUCUCCGGCAACAAAUUCACUGGACUAGCCCCUGAUGUGUGCACUAAAGCUAGGAAAUGCAUACCAAGUGAACCUGUUUUACCUCCUAGGGGAAGUAUUUAUGCAUCUGCACCAGUUCUAAGCCAUGCGUCUGUCUUGGGUAUCAUCUUUGUUGCAUUGAUCCUUUCUCUUGUGGUGCUAAUCGGAGUUCUCACAUGGAGAAUGCUCAUGAGACAAGUAGAUGUACUUCUCGACAGAGUUAAAGGUAAGGAAGGAAAGAAAACAGACCCCACAUCUACAGAUGAGCUUCUGAUUAAGAAGACAAAGAAGGAGCCUCUGAGUAUCAACAUUGCAACGUUCGAGCAGUCUUUGUUACGGAUAAAUCCAACAGCUAUUCUCUCAGCCACUGAGAACUUCAGCCAGAGUUAUAUUAUCGGUGAUGGUGGCUUUGGUACUGUAUACAAAGCCAAACUGCCUGAAGGCCGGACUAUUGCAGUUAAGAGGUUAAACGGGGGCCACAUGCAUGGUGAUCGUGAGUUCUUUGCUGAAAUGGAAACAAUUGGGAAAGUAAAACAUGAUAAUCUGGUGCCAUUGCUUGGGUAUUGUGUCUUUGCAGAUGAGAGAUUCUUAAUAUAUGAAUAUAUGGAGAAUGGAAGCCUUGAUUUCUGGUUGAGAAACCAAUCAGAUGCAGUAGACGUACUUGAUUGGCCAACUCGUUUCAAGAUUUGUCUAGGGUCAGCUCGUGGACUUGCGUUCCUACACCAUGGUUUUGUUCCACACAUAAUCCACAGAGACAUCAAGUCAAGCAAUAUACUCCUAGACAGGAAUUUUGAACCACGAGUAUCCGAUUUUGGCCUGGCUCGGAUAAUUAGUGCAUGUGAGAGCCAUGUUAGUACAAUCCUUGCUGGUACAUUCGGGUACAUACCACCCGAGUAUGGACAGACCAUGAUGGCUACAACCAAGGGCGAUAUCUACAGCUUUGGAGUGGUGAUGUUGGAAUUGGUGACAGGACGGGCACCAACAGGACAGGCUGAUGUUGAGGGAGGAAAUCUUGUUGGUUGGGUGAGGUGGAUGGUUGCAAAUGGCAGGGAGAUUGAAACGUUGGAUCCGUCGUUUUCUGGUUCAGGAUUAUGGAAGGAUCAAAUGCUGCGCGUUCUUGCUAUUGCAAGGUCAUGCACCAACGAUGAGCAUUGGAAGCGGCCAACAAUGCUCGAUGUGGUAAAACUGUUGAAGGAGGCCAAAAGCAAUGCCUAGCUUACAAGUCCAACAAAUAGUAAUGAAUGGUCUUGUAGGGUUAUAGUUCUCUAUGUUAUGCUGUAUCUGUAUUAUGAGUUUAUAGAAGUCAGAUGUAAUGUAAGUUAAGAGAUAUGGUGGAUGCUUAACCAAAAGUUGAAAAGAAACUAUGUUGUUCCCAUAAAUUGAUCAGAUAUAGAAGUUUAUGUAUGACACUUGUUAUUCAUAAGCUCUCACUUGAGAGUACUAUAGUUUUUCUUCAUACAGAUGACAGAGAGGGAAAUCAUAGAGUCAUCCUAAUCUUCCCUUCAGGUGCAAAAGAAAAAGAGCUAACUCCCCGCUAAUCCAGAAUUACAGACAGGAUUAAACUCAGUUCGGUUCGAU